GUCCGGCGUCCACACCACACCCCCGCCCCGCGUCUCCGGCUUGCCAACAGACAGAGCGCCUGCACGGCUGCACUGCACCGCGCGCUACUGCAGCCUCGUCUCGUCAGGCCACGCCCGCUCGGGGAUGGCGACCGUCCCAAACCCCAAGACGACCAGGGCCAGGAGGGAGCCGGCGCUGCGUCCCCGAAGCAACAACGUCGCGGCGGCUCCGGCUCCGGCUCCGGCCGUGGCGAGCGUCAGGCGCGGGCCGGCGGCAUCCGCCGAGAAGGAGAACCAGCCGCCCAAGAGCCUCGGCCACGGGAAGGCGGCGGCUGCGGCGACGGCCGCCGAGCCGCCGAAGCCCGCGGAGCCGGCGCCGGUUGUAGCGCCACCUCCGCCGCCGCUGAGGCCGUCGUCGCUGCAGCUCCGCAUGAAGGACGAGGCGGCGGCGGCGGCGCUGCCCGCGUUCGUCGUCGGGCCCAGGGGCAGGGAGCUGCUCCCGCCGCCGUCCUCCAACUACGAGGCGUGGGACCUCUCCGACAGCGAGUCCGCGCCGGCCUCCUCCUGGGCCACGCUCCCCAACAGGGCGCUGCUGUGCCGGCCUCUGCCUCAGGACGUCGGACGGUGCACGUGCGUCAUCGCCAGGGAGGCGGCCACCGGCGCCAGAGGCGUCGCGCUCUACUCCCUCUAUACCAAUGAGGGGCAGGGGCGGCAGGACCGCAAGCUGGCGGUGGCGCGGCACCGGAGGAGGAGGGGCAGGUCCGAGUUCGUCGUGGCGCAGAACCAGGACGGCAUCUUCUGCACCGCCGACACCAGCUUCCUCGGCGCGGUGCGCGCCAACCUGGUCGGAUCCAAGUACCGAAUCUGGGGCCAGGGUGACGAGCUCAAGAACCAGUCGAAGCGGCUCCUUGCCGUUGUCGCGUUUGCCCCCACCAUCACCACGCUCACCGGGAGUUUCAGGAGCUUGAGGGCAUGGAUCCCCAAGAACCAGUCCAUGCAGCUCAAGGCAAACAGUUCUGCUCAGAUCCAGCAUGUCAGUGGGCUCCCAAAGGAUUGGCAGGAGAAGAAGAGCAGAGCUGACCAGUUGUGCUCAAGAGCCCCGUUCUACAACCAUAUGACAAAGCGCUACGAACUGGACUUCAGAGAAAGGGCAGGAAGGAUGGGGUACAAGGUGCAAACAUCGGUCAAGAAUUUUCAGAUGACUUUGGAGGAAAAUGGGAGGCAGACGGUGUUGCAGCUUGGUAGGGUUGGCAAAUCCAAGUACAUAAUGGACUUUAGAUACCCGCUGACCGGCUACCAAGCGUUCUGCAUCUGCCUGGCAUCGAUCGACGCGAAGUUGUGCUGCACCCUGUGAAAUAGGGAGCCGUUCGAGGAAGAAGUGUUUGUUUGUUAUGCUGCACUCUGUACUUGCAGCUUCUCCCCUUGAGAAGGCAAUUGAAUAAUAGACCAUGCUAUAAUGUGCGAUUAUCCUUUUGCAACUUCUGUUGCUUAAUCGGUCAAGCAGUAUUUACCAUACUUGAGGACAGCGUGUCGCAAACACAUCGUCAGUUUGUAAUCCCCCUUUUACACUGACGAAAGCACCGAUGGGAAGGCACACCUGUAGCAUUUCUAUACUGAAUGUAAGGCAACAUGUAACAUUGCACAGAUAAACCAAUUCAAAUGACUGUCAGCUCCAUAUCAACUCUGAGUAGUCCACUCGGAACUUCCAAUCUUGGUCAAUGUGGCUCAGAUGUUGACG